AUGGGUAGCAUUGACAAAGCGUGCAUUUCAGGAUUCUUGUGUCGGCUGUGUUCCGAAAUGCACCGUAUCGUAAUUCAUAUUUAUGGUGAUCAGGGACAGCGACUUUGUUUGGUGGAGAAAAUAAAUGGAUAUUUGCCUAUUACGAUUUCCCCAACAGAUCCACUACCGAAGACCAUCUGUACAACAUGUUUGAGACGCGUGGAACAGCAUUAUGAUCUACUAAUGCGAUUAUCACGAAUCCGGGAAGAGAGAUUCGUUGAACUAAAGAGUCGCCAACAUGUUGAAGAUUUACCCUACGUAUCUAGUCCUGAAUUUUCCGAAGAUGAUAAUUAUCACAGCGAAGACGAAUCCAGGCGACGACAAUCUCAAGAUCCUCUAGCAGAUAACGGAUCUCCUUCGACAUCAUCUGCAUCGGCAGACAUUCCUUCUUCAUCAACACGAUCUAAUGAGGUUGGCGUUUCCAAUAGUAACAGUACGAAUGUUGACAAUGACAUCGAUAUCAACACAAACGUUGAUACUCUAGAAGAAUUUUUGUCAUCUUCGUCUUCCAACACAACGUAUGAAAACAAUGCUGCUGAUCAAUUUGAGAUGACAUUGCCAGUGCACAAUGACUGA